GGUAAGGUCGGGCCAUGGUGGGGCAGAGGUUGGGAAGAUGGCGUGGCGAGGUUGGGUACGGCGAGGCUGGGGCUGCGGCCAGGCGUGGGUGCUGCCCACGGGCAUGUCCCGCUGCGGGGAGCUCCCUUCAGCCGGGUCGCCGCAGCUGCUCGAACGCAGGUUUAACUUCUUUAUUCAGCAAAAAUGUGGAUUCAGAAAAGCUCCAAGGAAGGUUGAACCUCGAAGACCAGAUACAGGAUCAAGUGGUGAAUCAUAUAAAAGAAGCGCUUUGAUCCCUCCUGUAGAAGAGACAGUCUUUUAUCCUUCUCCCUACCCUAUAAGGACUCUUGUGAAACCUUUUUUUUUUACUGUUGGGUUUACAGGCUGUGCAUUUGGAUCAGCUGCUAUUUGGCAAUAUGAAUCACUGAAAUCCAGGGUCCAGAGUUACUUCGAUGGAAUAAAAGCUGACUGGUUGGAUAGCAUAAGACCACAGAAAGAAGGAGACUUCAGAAAGGAGAUUAACAAGUGGUGGAAUAGCCUAAGUGAUGGCCAGCGGACUGUGACAGGUAUCAUAGCUGCAAACAUCCUUGUAUUCUGCUUAUGGAGGGUACCAUCACUACAUCGAACAAUGCUGAGAUAUUUUACAUCCAAUCCAGCGUCAAAGGUUCUUUGUUCUCCAAUGUUGCUGUCAACAUUCAGUCAUUUCUCCUUAUUUCACAUGGCAGCAAAUAUGUAUGUUUUGUGGAGCUUUUCCUCCAGCAUAGUGAACAUUCUGGGUCAAGAGCAGUUCGUGGCAGUAUACCUAUCUGCAGGUGUUAUUUCCAAUUUUGUCAGUUAUGUGUGUAAAGUUGCCACGGGACGAUAUGGACCUUCACUUGGUGCAUCAGGUGCAAUCAUGACCGUGCUUGCAGCAGUCUGCACCAAGAUCCCAGAAGGGCGACUCGCUAUCAUCUUCCUCCCACUCUUCACCUUCACAGCAGGAAAUGCCCUAAAAGCCAUCAUCGCGAUGGAUACAGCUGGGAUGAUCCUGGGAUGGAAAUUUUUUGAUCAUGCAGCACAUCUUGGAGGCGCUCUCUUUGGAAUAUGGUACAUUACUUAUGGUCAUGAACUCAUUUGGAAGAACAGGGAGCCUCUAGUGAAACUAUGGCAUGAAAUGAGGACUAAUGGCCCCAAGAAAGGAGGUGGCUCCAAGUAAAGUGGGGCUGGCCAGUAUUGGUGCAUCCAAUCCUUUCUGUUGGGAGCUCACAGCCAAAUCCCUGCCUGGAAGAUACCCAGCAUCCAGCUGCCUCAGUGUUUUAAAUGUCCCCAGUACAUGUCUUCUUAGGAAGAAAAUUAUGGCAAAGUUGUGAAAUAAAUGUCGUAUCUCUAGUUUGUAAA